CUCUCUCUCUCUCAAUCUAACAAAAAAGAAACUAAAUUUCACUAACAAUAGUAUAAAGCUUUAAAAAAAUCUCUCAGUGCUAGAGAGCUUCAACAAUUUCGUUUUUUCCUUUCUACACUGCGAAACAGAGAAAAAAAAAAAUGGACAAGUUGAAUCUAGCGCAACUGGGUGAGCGUUUGAAGAACCAAGGAGCUCAAAUGGGUCGAAUGGUCUCCGGAAAAGUGAAGGAAAUCCUUCAAACCCCAACGCCGGAGUCGAAACUGGUGGACGAGGCCACUUCUGAGACGCUAGAGGAAAUGGGUCCCAACUGGGGACUCAACUUGCGGAUAUGCAAGUUGAUCAACGCGGAAGAGAUUAGCGGGACUGAGAUCGUGAGGGCCAUCAAGAAGAAGAUCUCUUCUGGGACUGGGAGUAACAACAAUGGCGCGGUGGUCAGCCAGAGCCUGAGUUUGGAUUUGUUGGAGACUUGUGCUAUGAACUGUGAGAAGGUUUUCUCUGAGGUGGCUUCUGAGAAAGUGUUGGACGAGAUGGUGAAGAUGAUAGAGAAUCCGCAGACCCAUCUUGGGAAUAGGAAAAGGGGUUUGGAUUUGAUUCGGGCUUGGGGGCAGUCCGAGGAUCUCGCUUAUCUACCUGUCUUUCAUCAGACUUACAUGAGCUUGAAAGGAAGAAGCAUACCUCCACUUGUACAAGAAGGGAAUUCACUUCCCAUGCAGUAUUCCUUGGAAUCAUAUGAUCAACAGCCUCUGUCUCCACCUGAGAGAUACCCUAUUCCUGACACAGGAAUGCAUGACACAGGAGGUAGUUCACUCCCCUUUAGUUAUAGAAUCCUAUCCGUUGAAGAAAAGAAAGAGUAUCUUGUUGUAACUCGAAACAGCCUUGAACUAUUCUCCAGCAUAUUGAACACCGAAACAGAGCCCAAACCUUUGAAGGAAGAUCUUACAAUAAGCAUGUUGGAGAAUUGCAAGCAGUCGCAGCCUGUCAUUAAGGCGAUUAUAGAAAGCACCACUGAUGAUGAAGGGAUGCUGUUUGAGGCUCUAUAUCUUCAUGAUGAGCUUGCGCAGGUGAUCUCCAAGUAUGAGCAGUUGGAAGCUGCUCAAAAGACAGGAGAACAACAACCUGAAAACUCUGAUCCUGUUAACUGUGAGGACUUGGAAGCUGGCCAAGAGCCUGGAGGAAAACUGUCUGAGAAUUCUGAUGCCUCUAAGAGUGAGUUAGAAGCUGCUCAAAGCCUUGCAGGAAAUCUACCAGAAAAGGCUCAUGCAUCUGAGGCCAAAUCACCUGCUCUUGUAGGAGCUCAUAAUGAGAACAAGUUGGUGGAUUUCCCAAAAGGAGAGAGUGCUGAACCAAGCAAUGAGAAGAUAAAUGAUAAAUGAGGAAGUGGGUAGUGAGGUGGUUUUUCUGCCUGUAUGUAUGCUUUGUCAAUGUUUUUCAGGGGGCACAUCCUCUAUUAACUCAUAGCUCCUUUUUUGCCAAUGACUUGAGCAUCAAAUUAUUGUAAUUGGUGAGGACUGAGGAGUAAAAUCUAAUUUUAGGUUAUUGUAUUUAAUCAUUCCCUAAACAUACUAAUAUACAUGGCAUGGUGUAUCUUUGACCUUUAUAAGGGCUACUAACUUGUUUGUGAUC